CCUUCCCAUCUUUUGGGCCCUUUAAUCCUAUUUGUUAUAAAAUGGUAGCUCAUUAGGGUUACAAUUUCAUUGAGAUACUGUAAAGGAGGGCGGCUCGCUACAGCAUCAACCAUGGUUCUCAAGACAGAACUUUGCCGUUUCAGUGGUGCCAAGAUUUACCCUGGGAGAGGCAUCAGAUUUAUCCGGUCAGACUCUCAGGUGUUCCUAUUCGUCAACUCAAAAUGUAAACACUACUUCCACAACAAGUUGAAGCCAUCCAAGCUUACAUGGACAGCUAUGUAUAGGAAGCAACACAAGAAGGAUAUUGCACAAGAAGCUGCUAAGAAGAGGCGACGUACCACCAAGAAGCCUUACUCUAGGUCUAUUGUGGGUGCAACCUUGGAGGUAAUCCAGAAGAAGAGAACUGAAAGGCCAGAAGUUCGAGAUGCUGCCAGGGAGGCUGCUCUUCGUGAAAUUAAGGAAAGGAUCAAGAAGACAAAGGAUGAAAAGAAGGCUAAGAAAGCAGAGGUUCAGGCCAAGUCUCAGAAAGCUGGAGGAAAGGGCAAUAUGUCCAAAGGAGGUGCAUCAAAAGGUCCUAAGCUUGGUGGUGGCGGAGGAAAACGUUAAGCUGUUGUUUAUGUUGUUUCCUUAUUAGCAAUAGAGUGCCUUGUUUGAAGAGACUGUAAGCGGAGACCUUCAUUUACAAGUAUCUCAUACAUCUGCAGACAAAUUUCUCGUUGACGGUUUUGCAUUUGGUUGCAAAUGCAGCUGUUGAUUCUCCACAUACUAUUGACUUCUUGUGGGUUCAUUCUCUAUUACAGAUGUAGCUUUUUGACUCCUAAACAAAAUAUUUUUGAAAUCUGUUUCUUCGAAACUCUUGCAGUAAUUUACCA